GGCGGAGAAGGCGGAGAGGAAGGUGGAGGCGGAGGCGAAGGUGGAGGGGAAGGUAGAGGCGGCGGGGAAGGUGGAGGCGGCUGGGAAGGUGGACGCCACCGGGAAGGUGGAGACUGUGGAGGGUCCGGGACGCCGGGUAGAGCUCAAGCUGGAGCCCGAACCUGAACCCGAGCCGGCACGGGAGGCGGAGCAGGAGCCGAAGGGGGAGCCGAAGCCGGAGCCUGAGGAUGAGAACCCGGCGCGGAGUGGCGGUGGCGGCGGCAGAGACGAGGUUCCUCUCCCCACCCACGUCUCUUGCUGCCCGUCUGGGGUGAGAACCUGUGUUCUUCGCUGCUCCCCGGGGGCCUCUGACAGGGAGGCUGCCGGCCCCCGCCCCGGCCCCGGCCCCGGCGCGGCCCUGGGGGCGGGUGCCUGGAUGUGGAUUUCGCGGUGGGUCCACCAGGCUGUUCCCACGUGAACAGCUUUAAGGUGGGAGAGAACUGGAGGCAGGAACUGCGGGUGAUCUACCAGUGCUUCGUGUGGUGUGGAACCCCAGAGACCAGGAAAAGCAAGGCAAAGUCGUGUAUCUGCCAUGUGUGUGGCACCCAUUUGAACAGACUCCACUCUUGCCUUUCCUGUGUCUUCUUUGGCUGCUUCACAGAGAAGCACAUUCAUGAGCACGCCGAGACAAAACAACACAACUUAGCAGUAGACCUUUAUUACGGAGGUAUAUACUGCUUUAUGUGUAAGGACUAUGUAUAUGACAAAGACAUUGAGCAAAUUGCCAAAGAAGAGCAAGGGGAAGCUUUGAAAUUACAAGCCUCCACCUCGACCGAGGUUUCUCACCAGCAGUAUUCAAUGCCAGGCCUCGGUGAGAAGUAUCCAACCUGGGAGACAACCAAACCUGAGUUAGAACUGCUGGGCCACAACCCUAGGAGAAGAAGAAUCGCCUCCAGCUUUACCAUCGGUUUAAGAGGACUGAUCAAUCUUGGCAACACGUGCUUUAUGAACUGCAUCGUCCAGGCCCUUACCCACACUCCGAUCCUGAGAGAUUUUUUCCUCUCUGACAGGCACAGAUGUGAAAUGCCGAGUCCGGAGUUGUGUCUGGUCUGUGAGAUGUCUUCGCUUUUUCGAGAGUUGUAUUCUGGAAACCCAUCUCCUCAUGUUCCCUAUAAGUUGCUGCACCUGGUAUGGAUACACGCACGGCAUUUAGCAGGGUACAGGCAACAGGAUGCGCAUGAGUUUCUCAUCGCAGCGUUAGAUGUCCUGCACAGGCACUGCAAAGGUGAUGAUGCUGGGAAGGCGGCCAGCAAUCCCAACCACUGUAACUGCAUCAUUGACCAAAUUUUCACAGGUGGCCUGCAAUCUGAUGUCACCUGUCAAGCCUGUCAUGGUGUCUCCACCACAAUAGACCCAUGCUGGGACAUCAGUUUGGACUUGCCCGGCUCUUGUACCUCCUUCUGGCCCAUGAGCCCAGGGAGGGAGAGCAGUGUUAACGGGGAAAGCCACAUACCAGGAAUCACUACUCUCACGGACUGCCUGCGAAGGUUUACGAGGCCAGAGCACUUAGGAAGCAGUGCCAAAAUCAAGUGUGGUAGUUGCCAAAGCUACCAGGAAUCUACCAAACAGCUCACAAUGAAUAAAUUACCUGUCGUUGCCUGUUUUCAUUUCAAACGGUUUGAACACUCAGCCAAACAGAGGCGCAAGAUCACUACAUACAUAUCCUUUCCUCUGGAGCUGGAUAUGACACCGUUCAUGGCCUCGAGUAAAGAGAGCAGGAUGAAUGGACAGUUGCAGCUGCCAACCAAUAGUGGAAACGAUGAGAAUAAGUAUUCCUUGUUUGCUGUGGUUAAUCACCAAGGAACCUUGGAGAGUGGCCACUACACCAGCUUCAUCCGGCACCACAAGGACCAGUGGUUCAAGUGUGAUGAUGCUGUCAUCACCAAGGCCAGUAUUAAGGAUGUGCUGGACAGUGAAGGGUAUUUACUGUUCUAUCACAAACAGGUCCUGGAACAUGAAUCAGAAAAAGUGAAAGAAGUGAGUACACAAGCCUACUGAAGUGACACACAGACCUACCUACCUGGAGUGGAAGAUGACAGUGCCCAUACUACAACUGGCAUCAAGAUUUAAAGGACCUACUUGCAUGGCCCACGGGCCUGAUAGAGUAAGAAUUGAACAGUUUCCAGUGUCUAAAAGGUCCUGAUUGUAAGAGGAAUAGAAGGGGUGGGAGAAGAGGCUCUAGUCUAAGCAGUCACUUAAAGGAAGAUUAAAUGGCAGGAUGCUCUGGGCGGGGCAGGCAGGAGUAGGGAAAUCAGACACUGGUCCAUAUCCUAUAUUCCUCCAAAAGAUUGUGUGGGAAAGUGUGGGGUGGGAGGGGGGUGGUGUGGGGGGGAUGUGUGCCCUUGUAACUGUAAAACAUCUUUCUCCAUGGGUGUUUCAGCUUCAACUGACCAAUCACAUAACAGUUAUAUGUUUGGGGGAGAAAAAAGAAAAGCUUAUACAAAUGUAGCCCAUUACAUAUAUGGGUAGGAAAGUGGAAAAGCGGAGGAAGCAGGGAUAUUUCAUUGACAAACACCUUUGCCAGUUUCUUUGUAUUCGUGAUUUUUUUGUGCUAUUAAAUGCAGUAUUAAACAAAGAAAAGCCCAUGUGGGCCUGUGAAACAAGAAAAGGGGGUUUUUGUAUAAGGGGAGCAAUUGCUCCAAAGGUAGAGAAGACAAGAAACACUGUAAAAUAAACCAACACAGACAGGCCUCAGCUAAGAGUUUAGUGUGUGAGUGUUUAAAAAAAAAAAGCUGUAUGAUAUACUUGAGCAAAUCAAUGAACCUCUUUGCGAUUGUUUUCUCAUCUGUACAAUGCAGAUAAUUCCUACCUUAACGGGUUAUUGUUAAAGAUUAAGUGAUAUAAAAUGUGUCAAAGUA